GGAGGGACCACUGUCGUACACGUAGUGGGAAAGAAGAGGUCCUGAUGCGCGAGUCACGGCAACCCUCUGCGGAGAUGAAGGCGGACUCUGACUGGUUCUGAUUUGACAAAGUCAUUUUCAUUCAGCAGGUUGCAUGCCACUAGUGGUCAUUAUGGCAGAGCCGUUAUCCCCUGCACCCACCGCUGCAAAAAUGGCGUCAGCGAACCGGGUCCGCGCGUUGACAUUAAUUUUCUUGACUGUCACUGGUUGUUUUGUCACCUCGACAAGUGGCAAGGAAGGGUUCGAGGAGACCGUCAUCAGUGGCCUGCGUCUGGAGGACACGGACGACAUUUCCUUCAUGGAUAAAGGCUACUUGCGGGUGAGUGAGCGCUCUCGGAUCAAAUUAAGAGUGUACGGGCAGAACAUCAACAACGAGACCUGGUCCAAGAUUGCUUUCACGGAGCACGAGAGGAACCAGGCGGGGCUGAGCCUUGACAGCUCCUCGGGGGAUAACCACAGCCAAGAGGACUUCUCUGGCUCGCAUCCUUGCGGCAUCAGGACUUCAGAUAUCAUCAUAUUACCAAACAUUGUUGUGAACCGAAAGACUUCAGGAAUAGUUGAGAUCGAGGUCAAACCUCUGCGGAAGACGGAGAGGAGCAAAGCCUAUUACCUUUGCAUCGCCACCUCCGCACCUGCCGCGGCUGGAAUGCAUGACCCGUGGACGGAGAACACCUGGAUUUACCACGACGGCGACGACACCAGGGUGAUCGUAGUGGAGGAGAAAAAGUUUUUACUACCUUUCUGGCUCCAGGUCAUCUUCAUCUCAAUGCUGCUGUGUCUGUCGGGCAUGUUCAGCGGCUUGAACCUGGGCCUCAUGGCUCUGGACCCCAUGGAGCUCCAGAUAGUUCAGAACUGUGGCACGGAAAGGGAGAAAAACUACGCCAAAAAGAUCGAGCCUGUCAGGAGCCAAGGGAAUUAUUUGCUUUGCUCGCUUCUGCUCGGUAACGUGUUGGUGAACACGACGCUGACCAUCCUGCUGGAUGAUAUCGCUGGUUCAGGCUUGAUAGCUGUGGUCAUGUCCACCAUUGGAAUAGUCAUCUUUGGGGAAAUCGUGCCACAGGCCAUAUGCUCCCGACACGGCCUGGCCGUGGGUGCCAACACCAUUUUCCUGACAAAGUUCUUUAUGUUGCUCACCUUCCCUGCUUCCUACCCAGUGAGCAAACUGCUCGACUACCUGCUGGGGCAGGAGAUCGGAAUCGUGUACAACCGGGAGAAGCUUCUGGAGAUGCUGCGUGUUACGGAUCCUUACAAUGACCUGGUCAAGGAGGAGCUCAACAUCAUCCAGGGUGCCCUGGAGUUGAGGACUAAGACCGUGGAAGUUGUGAUGACGCCUCUUCGAGAUUGCUUCAUGAUACCUUGGGACGCCACCCUUGACUUCAACACAAUGUCCGAAAUCAUGAAGAGUGGAUACACGCGCAUUCCGGUCUUUGAGGGCGAGAGGUCCAACAUAGUAGACCUUCUCUUUGUCAAGGACCUGGCCUUUGUUGACCCGGAUGAUUGCACGCCACUCAAAACCAUCACAAAGUUUUAUAGCCACCCGUUGCACUUUGUCUUCAAUGACACCAAGCUGGAUGCAAUGCUGGAAGAGUUUAAGAAAGGACACGUGGGAAUGGUGGAAGUGCAAGACUUAAGGUUAUCAGGAAAAUCCCAUCUGGCCAUAGUUCAGAGGGUCAACAAUGAGGGUGAGGGAGACCCUUUCUACGAGGUUCUCGGUAUUGUCACCCUGGAGGACAUUAUUGAGGAAAUCAUCAAGUCAGAGAUCCUGGACGAGACAGACUUGUACACUGACAACAAGACGAAGAAGAAAAUCACCCAUCGCGACAGGAAGCAGGAUUUCUCGGCCUUCAAGCCUACCGACAAUGAAAUGAAGGUUAAAAUAUCACCUCAGCUUCUGCUGGCUACCCUGCGUUUCCUAGCAACAGAGGUAGACCUGUUCGCACCACCACAAAUGUCUGAAAAGAUUCUACUGCGCUUGUUGAAGCAUCCCAAUGUCAUCCAGGAGCUGAAAUACGAUGAGAAGAGCAAGCGGGCGCCUGAGCACUACCUCUUCCACAGGAACAGACCUGUGGACUAUUUCAUCCUCAUUCUGCAGGGCAAAGUGGAAGUGGAGGCAGGAAAAGAGGGUAUGAAGUUUGAAGCUGGACCAUUCUCUUUCUAUGGAAUGCUGGCUCUCACUGUCUCACCAGUCCCGCUGUCUCUUUCGCGAACAUUUGUCAAUAGGGGCGAUUCAUUAGCUGGAUCACCAGAGAAUAAAUCUCCACCAAGGCCGUUUGGAAUAAACCACUCGGACUCCCAGAACAGGAGCGAUCGAAUAGAUGCCAUCACUCCGACUUUGGGCAGCAGUAACAAUCAACUGAACUCCUUCCUGCAGAUCUACGUACCUGACUACUCUGUCAGAGCAUGCUCGGACCUAUAUUUUAUAAAGGUAACACGGCAGCAGUACCAGAAUGCCUUGAUGGCGUCGCGCAUGGACAAGACGCCGCAAUCCACAGACAGCGAGUUCACCAAGAUCGAGCUUACGCCGAACGAGCUGGAGACUUCCAUUACGCUCGCCGGCCCCGCCGGCCACGCCCCAACUGUGACUGUAGCCUUGGCUAACGAGGCUUCCCACCUUCUCAACCAGCAGCACAAUUGCGUGGGUGUGAGCAGGAGCAACCACAGCGCGCACAACGAGUGGCCCAUCUAGCCCGGCGCUCAGCUCGGUGGAGGCCCGGACCCUCCGCCUUCCUGUCUGACGGACGCACAGUGCAGUGGUGUAGCUAGAAAGAUCGCAGGGGAGCGUGAGCGAGCAGAGUGAGGAUGCUGCAUCACCUCAGUCACUUGGCCCACCCCCCCACAAAGGAUGGGCAGUGGGGGGGAGACGUGUGGUGAAUUCCCCCACCUGUUGGCAGCCCUGUUCCACUACACCUUCUUAAGAUGGUGCUGUGACUGAAAUUCCUUUUGGGACGAUUUGACACUUUCAUAGCGGUAACUUGGACAAGAGGACAACGGACUGCAUGCAAACCUGACACCCCUCACUCCUCCCACACACACAGAUGCACUCACACACAUUCACACGCACACACACACACACCAUAUCUUCCACCCAGGCCAAAGACCUUGGUCCUCCCGUGAAUGGCCGUGAAUUUUUUUUUUUUUUACACUGGACACACACACACACACACUCCCAAAUAAAUGUCACCUUUUUGCAUCUUUCAGGGAAACUCAGUGGACGUUUGAUCCCAUCAACAUGGACUCCAGAGGGCAAUGGUUUGGCAAAGACUGCACCAAAAACCGCUUUGAGAGAAACCAUUACAUCAUAAACCAAGAAUGUUUUCCUGUAUUUAUUUAUUUUAUAAUAUUGUAUGUAUAUAUAAAGAUAUAUAUGUGGUGUGACAUUAAAGUGGCAAUUAAGCAUGCACGUCAUACCAGAGAGGACAUGCUACAUAAUAUGGAGCUAAACAUCCAUUGGUGUAUAUGAGGGGGCAAAGGUCUUUUACAGAAACAGUAUGUAUAUUACAGAUUGUCUUAUUUUUACUAUUGUGUAUUCUAAAUUGGGCUUUUUCACCUUAAAAAAAAAUCACACUAUUGCCUUUAAGAAAACAAAUCAUAACCUUAAUUAUUUUUAACAAAGUGCAAUGAAGAGAAAUUUAUUUAAGAGAUGAUUAAUAAUAAUACAAAAAAAUGACUGUAUUGUAAAUUGACAGCUAUAUGUAUUUGUAUGUAUGCUCUGUAGUUGUCUGUUUGUGUUUGAAAGAUAGGAAAUACAAAAUCCACAUGCAAAUUUCCCUUAAUUUCAAAUUGGAGGCCUCUCGUGGUUGUGACCUCGGACAAGUCUACUGCACGUUCAAGUGUGAGUUCUGAUGCGUUGUGGGAACAGUGAUGUCAACGUGAAAGCGCCAUCACAGCGCCAAUGCGCUUGGGAGUAAAGUUUUGUAAGAGUGUUUUUUUUGUGCCAAUUUUACAUUUAAUCAAACUUGACUAUUGCACAGUAUUAAUGACCUCAUCUAACAUGUUGAGCAUCAUCAACGUCACAAGAAGAAACCUCGACAUUAAAUAUGUCCACAGAUGACACAUGACAUUCCUUAUCCACUCCGUAGUUUUGUUUCUUGUUGUUUGUCUUCUUGUCACAUGACACUCCACAACCAUGCCUGAUCUUAGUUCAUAAAGGUUUUUUUGACAGCAGUGAAUGUGAGAAGAGUGUUGUGGCGGCUAUCACAAUGCAGAUCAUAAUCCAUGUUUAAUAACUGUUCAGUGACAUCAAAGCUGUUGUUUCAUGUUUCAUUCUGCUGCGGCUGCCAUUAAAAGAUUUACAGUGA